AUGGCCGAUACGUAUGCGUUAGCAACGCUAGUGGAUUAUUUUGAUAAUAGCAAAGAGUACAGAAGGACAGACGAUCGCACAGGUGUGCAGUCCGGUGAUAUUACUAUACCGUACAAAUCGAUCGCACAGGAUACUCUUUCCGCAGUUGAUUACGUCCACAACAGUGAUGAAAGUAACCUAAAAGAGUAUGUGUUAAAGAAUAUCGACAAAUACAUCAUCAAAGACGCUCGUAUAACAAUAUUACUGAAACAGUUGCAAAUGCAUGGCGCUAAGACUUUCCUCUUGACCAAUAGCUCAUUUUCGUAUACGAAUGGUAUUAUGAAGUACUUGAUUGGAGACGAUUGGCUCUCGUAUUUCGAUUUCACGUUUGUCGACGCAAAGAAGCCGUUGUGGUUUGCGCAGGGGACGGCCUUUCGGCAGUUGGAUCCGAACACGGGCACUCCAAAGCUGGGCAUACAUCACGGCCCGAUCAAGAAAGGUCAAGUAUUUGUGGGAGGUAACUGUGAUAUCUUUCGGCACAUGUUCAUGGCGCGUGGCAAGGAUGUCAUGUAUAUUGGAGAUCAUAUUUUCGGAGACGUAUUGAAGUCUAAGAAGACUAAAGGUUGGCGUACAUUUCUUGUAGUUCCCGAAUUGGAGCGUGAGAUCUCGAUUUGGACCGACAAGCAUUCUCAUUUCGAGAGACUCGUGGACUUGGGCAAACAAAUGGAACAACUCUAUAGCGAACUGAGUGUAGAAUCAGAGUUGUCUUGCAAACCGAAUAUACAAACAAAUUUGCAGCAGAUCCGUGAAAUCACACAAGAGAUGGAUCAAAGUUACAGUAAAAUGGGAUCACUGUUUCGGAGCGGUUCGAGAACCACUUUCUUUGCCACUCAGGUGGGUCUUUUUUCGGUUAUGCGCCGGCUGAUUGACUCACUCUGUCGGGAAAUUCAGGAUCCGUACGAUUGGGAAUUCAGCAUUUCAUUUGCUUUCCGUCUAAAAAAUUCCGUUCCAUCUAUCCAUGCAGCCACCAGUAAUGAACUGACCUGA